UGCCAGAUAUGAUCACAGAAACUAUAUUAACUCAAUGGAAGGAUUCAACAUGUUUAUUGCAUUAAAAAUACACUUUUAAACGGCUUUCAAACCAUCUAAGCCUUUGAAGAAACAGAGAUCUAAUUAAGGUAUUAAUUAGAUGGGUUUAUGUUCCUUUCAUGGAGGUUAAUCUUCUUUUAGGUAUUUGAGCUCCGACUGGUUACUCAACCUGCAAAACAGAACACCGUUACUCGUUAAGAGGGGAAUGUGGGGGUUUCCCUCUUAACCGGGCUCCGGCGUGAGAAUAAGCGAUUGCUUUGAGAGUAAUUAAGUAGUAAAGAGUGAGAGCCGAGAGAAUAGAAUGAAUAACCUGAGGGAUGGAGUUCUCUAUUUAUAGCCAGAGUGGUGUAAGAGGUUGUGGGCUGAUGGGCCUUGGGCCAGAAACGGACAACGAAUAUGCUCUUUGCCUCGCUGGCCUCGACUGCUUAGUGGCUUCUAGAUGCUCGUCGGUGCUGGCGCACCUUGAUUGGAGCCACGUGUCAUUGUUGUCGGCCUUGUUGUCCCUUCUGUCAUCAGCAGACAAGUGGAGAUCGUGGGACAGUUGUCCCCGUCUCUUGAUUGGUGCCGUGUAGGCGUCCUUGUGUACUUAUCGUCAGAAGAUCGUGGCGCACGAUUGAACAGAGCCUGCUGGACGUUCAUUGGCUCUUUUUCCUGCCACUCGUACCCUGUGUACCUCUGUAGGUAACAGCGCGUCUUCUUAUGAAGAUGACUUUGCUUGGUGGCGACUAACCCGCGCGGGGCUAGUGUGUUCACUUAUACCAUUGUUUUCAUGCUAAGUGUUGCUAUCUGUCUUCAUUAUGUGCUCUUCCUUGCGCGGGGCUAAGUCAUAAUGUGACGUAAGUUGCGCGAGGCUGUUAUUAUCAAGUUGUUAUGCUAAGGAGUAUGGUCUCACGUGCAACCUGUUAUGAGGUUUGCGCGACUUUUUGGGACCAUACCCCUUUAAGUCCCCCCAGUCCAGUGCUGCACCAUGCGCAACGCAAGUGGUUGGAGCUCUGGACUUGAUAAAAAUAAGAGAAGGGGAAGUUGUCCUUUUGGUCUUGACUUGUAAGGCGCAUGUAGGAAACUGUGGUUUUCGAUGCGCAGGUACUAGGCAGGUGUCGAGUGAUAUCUUGUUUGUCCUUUUAAUCGCGCGAGGUGUUAGUAGUUUACGUAUAUCUGGCGCGAUUCUUGUGACUUCUGCAUGAAGUUACUUGCACGUUUUAUGGCGGGAAACUUCGAAAUUUGAACCUCUGACAGGUUGGUGAGAUAAGUCGCUGAGAGCGACGCUUGAGUUGACCCCUGGCACGGAUGUCAUCAUGCCGCCUGCGGCGGUUGCACUUCAUGUCAGGAGAGUGGAUGCCACGCGCGCGUGGUAACCGUCGUCCCUGCUUUUCCGCUUGACGUGGCAACCUCUCGUUGGUUGCCCCUGCGGCGAGUGCGGCACGGUUACCCAUCGCAUUAAAUGCGAUGGGUAUAUAUAUCCGAAGAGAAAGGUGAGAGAUUCACUUUCUCUUCGUUUCUUCUCCCUUUUUCUCUUUGAGUCUUCAUAUUGUUCUUCAUCUUCUUCAAACUUUCUUCAAAUCUUCAAACUUUCUUCAAGUUUUUUCCAGCUUUUUCUUGAAAUAUGAGUGAAGAACAUCAAGAAGCUCCUGUUAGUGAGGAGGGGCCAGUCCCAGUCCUGAGAUGGGACUUAGGUUUAUUCGAACAGAUCGUUCGAAGUUUUAGGUUUCCACCGGAGUGGGAUGCCCGGUACCCUGCUCAGGGUCAGACCGCGGCUGAUGCCCCACCCGGUUACAUUACUUUGUUCGAAGACUUCUUCCUUCAAGGAAACUUCCGGCUGCCGGCGACUAACUUCUUUGGUAGCAUAUUGUCCUACUACAAGUUUCAUAUCUCACAGUUAAGCCCACCUGGGAUGGUGAGGGUGAGGCACUUUGAGUUCUUGUGUCAAUCUCACGGCAUUGAGCCGACGGUGAAUAAGUUUCGUGUCUUCUAUCAACUGCAAAGAACAAUGGGGUUCUUUUCUUUUGCUAGCCGUGGUACGGCUAAGAAGAUUUUGUUGAAUCCUCCCAAGAGUUUCCACGACUGGAAACCCAAGUUCUUCUUCAUCCGGGAGGAAGUCUUGCCAAUAGCUAUGCCGUUUAGGGAAUGGACCGAGGUUAUACCAAAGGAGGACCUUCCUAUACCGAAGUCUGCUCAGUGGUAUCAGCAGCUUACCGCAACCCCUAACCGGGUAUUUGGGGAGAAUGUUCUGGUUGCUGCCAAGAUGAGUGACCAGUGGUCACCUAGUAGCAGGGAACUCCCGGUCUUGAAGAUCGGGGAUCAAGAGACGCAACUCUAUCAGGCUGCCUUCCCAGCCUUUGGUGGCUCCAUGGGCGUUCGCCCUCUGCGCGAUGAUGAGGAAGGCUGGUAUGACCAGAUAAAAGGGAACUUCAUGUUUCCUCCUGCUGACGCCUUCGCCUCGCCGCCGGAUGCAACUGAAGGUGCGCAAUAUCCUAAACCUCGUCCGUUGCGCUCUGUGACUUCUGCUGGGAAAGAGACUUUCUAUCUUUCCAGCGAGGAGUCAGUAGGGUCUUCGAAUGGCGAGUUAAGUUCGUUGCCUAAAAUCUUUGCAGGUGUGUUGCGCGAUCUGGGGGUUGACCCAGAGGAGAAGAAGAAGAAACCUUCGAAGAAGAAAAAGAAGGCGGAUGUUGAAGUGACCAGCAAGGGUCCUGGCGCCAGUCGCGCAACUACUGCUGCUGUCAAAGGUACGCUUCGCCUCCGGCAACGUGACUUAGACGAUUACGUGAUAAUCAGUGACUCUUAUGAAGGUUUAUCAUAUGCAGCUAUGGGAAAGACUGGCGCUGGUGGGUCAAAGGGCUCUGGGAGCGCGGGUUCUCGUAACCCGGAUGCUGACGCAACUCCAUCUCAACCUGAGGAUGAAGAAGAAGAGGAAGAAGAGACUGCCCCGUUGAUUGGAAGAAAGAGGGGUAGAAGCGAGGCGACAACUGGUAUGGCCUCUGCGCCUGUUUCAGUUGUUAUUCCCGUUGUUGGGAAGAAAAGCAAGUUGCGCUCGUUAUACCAGUUUUCUCCUGAGAUCAAGAAGAAGACCCCUGAAAAGGGGGUUAAGUUUGUUGAACCCAGCACGAAAAGACCUAAGGUUGCCACUGAACCUUCCGAUUCUGCUGCGCGUGAUGCUGCGAAAACUGCUGAAGCGCAGCGAAAGGCAGAAGAGGAUCGGAGGAAAGAAGAGAGUAGGAUUGCUGCGCAGAAGAACGCUGAAGAGCGAAAGCGCAAAGAAGAGGAAGAGAAAAAGAGGAAGGAGGAGGAGGAGAGAAAGCUGGAGGCGGAGAGGAAGAGGAAAGCGGAAGAGGAGAGAAAGCUGAGGGAGGAGGCGGAUAGGCAGAGGAAGGCGGAAGAGGCGAGGAAAGAAAGAGCUGCCGAUCAGUCUUCUGUUCAAGGGCAGUCUGGUGUCCCAAAACCUCCCCCUGCUGCGCCGAUUGUUACCUCUAAGGGGUUAGGGCGCUAUGUGUCUAGUGGUGCAAGCUCUGGAGGGGCUGGGGGCUAUAACCCCAAUGUGAUAGGUGCGAAGGAUACCGUCGGGGACAUAUAUUAUAAAACUUAUACUGAAGAGGAACGUGGUGAUGCUCCUCAUCAAGCCCCUUGGAGCUUAAGGCAGAAGGAUACAUUUGUUGAAUUUGGUCCUUCUCGCGAUUGGUACUUGAACCAAUUCACUCCUGGCGAAGUUAACCGUCAAAAGGCGAAGCCGCAUGAAAUGUUGUAUCGCACUUACAUUCUUGCCGAGGCUAACGCUCGAUCUGCUAACCAUCAGAUAGUUCGUGAAUGGCGAACAAUGGUCAGAGAGCGCGCCGACUGGGAGGCUUACCGAGAACGUGUGCUAAAACGUGUUGGUGAAUUUGAGAAGGCUAAGGCCACAUUUGAUGAGGAGAGAGCCAAGUUUGAGGCUGAUAGGAAAGCUGAAGAGUGGGGUCGCGAGGGCCUGCAAAAGAAACUUCAUAAUGUGGAAGAGCAACUGGCCAAGGAGAAGGCCGAGUUCAAGCGUAUAUGCGCUCAAGACAACGAGCGUACUUAUGCUCUUCGCCAGAAGAUCGUUGGUCUUGAGGCUACAGUUGCGGACUUGACCUCAAAGGUGGAGGAAGCGCAGGGUGAAAAAACUGCCAAGCAGCAGAUGGAGGUUGAGCUGACUGAAGCCAAGGUGCAAUUGUCUAACAAGGACAAGGAUCUCCAUGCCAAGGACGUUGAGAUAGCGGAACUCAAGCGUCGCUUGAAUGAGCAAAUCGACAGAUGCGAGUCUUUGGAGAUUGACCUUGAGGCUGAGAAGGUCAAGGCCACCGAUGCCGAGGAGGCGCGUGCUGUCAGCACUGCGGCGCUUAACGUGGCUCAGACAAAUUAUUCUGAGGCCCAAGGCAUUGUGGACACGCUUGUUUCUGAAGCAGAAUGGAUGCGCACUCGGGGAAUAGUGCUGGUUGCCAACUCCAUCCUGAACGCCGGCGAGCUAGAUCGCGCUGUUGCUGCUCUUACGGAUGCGGCGCGUGCAGUUGGUCAUCGAGGAGGUUACCUGGAGUGUGCUGAUCACGUUGAGCGAAUGCUGGGACAAGAAUUCGAUACAAGUCAUUGCUCAGUGACGGAACAAGCUGAUGCUGCGCUGGCCAGUGCUGAGAACUCAUAUGACAACCUCUCCUUGCCCAUCAUGGACUUGGUUGUUAGUGCCUUAAAAAAGGAUGAUUGGUGUCAGCGCCUCAAGGCGAUCCUUGAUCCACCGAUUACUGUUGAAUCAUCUGAUGAGGAAGCAGCUGGUGAUGAUGGCGGAGGUGAUGACGAUGGCGACGAUGGUGAAGGGAACGAAGAUGAUGAUGGUGAGAAGAAAGAAGACAAAUAGAGUAGGUUGUUAGUUUGUUGAUAGGCGUUUGUGCCUUUGUUUCUGACUUGAUUGUAAGUGAUGCGCUUUUGCGCAGUUUUAAUGACAAUGAAAUGUCUUCGUUUUUUCUGUUGCAAUUAUUGCAUUGCUGUAAAAACUUAGGUUAAAUUAGCUCGAAUAAAUGGAAGCGUUAUCUAAGUAUAAGGUGGCCACCCGGUCUCGCGCUUUGUUUGCGGAGGACCUUGGAGGUGGUUUUGAACCAUCUCAAAAUGCUGGAGUGUUUUCGCGCUAAUCAGAAGUUUAACAUGCAUUUGUAACGAAAAAA